AUGCCUCACACAACUCCCAACAAGAGACUCUUCGACUCUGCCUUCACCAGCAGUGCUCCUGGCAUGCUAGUCAAUGCCCACCGCGGCUUUGACGCUCACCUCCAGGCGCCUGCUAAUGCCACACCUUUUACCCCGAGUGCGCUUCCUAUUCCUGGCAGUUGGCCUCGAGAGGACCUUGCCGCAGACCUCGACGUCGCCGACCGCAUUCAUGCUGCCGCGCCUUCAGCUCUCUACACGAUCGGCCGAUGGGUUAUCAGCGCAACGCUCGGCAAUGCCUUGGCACUACCUGCGCGACUCUUUCGCCGCUUUGCGCGCAAGCAGCAGAUUGUUGUUCAACCUGUCUUCCGCGAGGAUGGCGCGUACAAGAAGCGCAUCAUCGAUGCUGGUCCGGCAGAUGAGCCCACCACUCCCACACGCGCUCCAGCACGCACAACAUACAUGAAGAAAGUCGGUCGUGGUCGUGGCCGCGCUCACGUCGUCACUGCGCCUUCUGCCUUCUCCUCAGGUUCGCCAGUCAAGGCACAGCCGCUCUCACAGCCAGACACACCAGAGACACCGCAGUCAGCGCCCGACACAUCAGACAUCUGGACGACCGGCCCGACACCUAUACAGGCAUCAGUCCAGGCUCCUGUUCAGGCUCCUGUACAGCGUCUUGCGCCUUUCAGGACGUUUGCGCCUUCUCAGCCAGAGGCACCGCGGCCAGCACCUGAGACACCAGACAUCUGGAUGACUGCCCCGACACCAGUAAAGGUCCCCGUACAGCGUCUUUGCGACUUGGCACCCAAGAAUCCGCCCGGCUGGCCAGUGCCUACCCCCAGCCCGCCCAAGUCCGCCGUGGAGGUUCCUCACCAUUCGCCGGCUGUGCAGAUGCCGUCGCGCGGACCUCUUCAGAUCUCACCGAACUCGCAUAUGAACAUCAUCAGCAAUGCGACAGUCACUCCCAUGCGCAAGCUGUUACUCAAGAACCAAGCUCUCGAACAGGGAGCAUUCCACGUCAACUUUCCCUCAGCCUCAGACCAUACAGUCCCGUCGCCCUCGCAUCGUGUCCCGGAGCAGACCGAGCUACAACAGAAAGAGUAUCAGGCCUUUACCUUAAAGAACCAUGCCGCGGAGGUCGCGCGCCAAGCUCAGCAAGCCAGUGAGCACUACAGGGCUGCGGCCGAGGCUCGGCACAACUAUGUUCCCGGAAUGUCGGCCGCCGAACAAGAAUACUACAACUACACCGAAACAGUCGACCAAGCACUUUCUUUCCUCGACGACGCACCUGAUGAAGAGGACGAGCCGCCCGCGCCGUCUCCUCGACCUGAUCGCGGCGGCAAGAAAGUAGUUCGGUGGAGCCUACACGCCCACGCGAAGCCUUUCUAUUGCGACGAAAAAGUUGCAGACAUGAUGGACUCGGUCCUAGAAGCCAUCCACUCUAGCCCGUUCCGGUCGCCGGUCAAGAUCUACAAUUCAGAUACCGACACCUCUGAUGAUGAGGGUGCAGAUGCUGCAAUUUCGCCGUCUCGCAGCAAUGAUGGAAGCAGCACCCAGCAAGAGGCGACUGCGAAGGAUUCCGUUGGCUUUACCGGAGUACCAUCUUCCACAUGGGACGACACCGACGAUGACUCCCUUGAGGAGUCGCAGAUCUCCUUGGAGUUUCUGGGCGAUUUGCAAAAAGAGCUGCAAGAGAAGCUGGCUCUUGCCCCUCCGUCGCCGCCGAAAGUCAAGGCCUUUAUGGAACCACUUUCAGAAGAAGAGUCCAAGAAGCUCGAAGCAGCUGCCAAGAAGACUGAGAAUGGUCGCAUCGCAGAUGCGCACAUCGUACCCGAGAAGCUCACCGCGCACGACUUCUCGACCUUGUUGCCGCGUAUGUUCAGUGGAGAUCCGAAGGCCUGGUUGAACGACAACAUUGUCAACGAGUACCUGGGUGUCCUCAUCGAGCAUCUCAAGAAGGAAGCUGGGUUUGUAUCCAAGCGAGGCGGCCCCGCUCCUACUGUACAUGCAUUCUCCUCCUUCUGGUACCCCACCAUGAAGACCAAGGAUUACCAGGGAGUAGCACGCUGGGCUGCGAGGUUCCGACUAGCCGGCAAACAGUACCUUGAUGCUAACCUUAUUCUCUACCCCAUUUGUGACGGCGGUCACUGGCGUCUACUUGUCGUGAAGCCCAAAGAGCGCACGAUUGAGUAUCUCGAUUCUUUGGGAUGGGACGGCUCCAAGUACGUCGACAAGCUCAAGGAGUACCUUAAGCUAGAGCUCAAGGAGUUCUGGAAUGAGGAUGAGUGGGUUGUCCUGUGGAAGCAGCGCUCCACUCGCCAGAUUAACGGCAGCGACUGCGGCGUUUUUGCUAUUCUGAACGCUCUCGCCCUUCUUCGCGGAGAAGAAUACGUCAAGAUUAUUGCCUGUGACGGCAUGCUUGACGCGCGCGAGCGCAUUGCCACCACGCUGAUGGCUGGUGUACCCACCGCCGAGUUCAAUUGA